AUGGAUGGCUGGUCAUCCAGGGCUAGACUGGAGAUUUACACCUUCCACAUCACUUCACCCCAAGGGGAUGCUCAUCUCUACAAAGCAGAGCUUCUGGGUUCGCAAACUGCUUCAGCCAGCUGCAUCAAGACAAUUCUGGAAGGCAUCUGCCAGCAAGCUCUACCCUCUGAGCAGCACCAGCUUCUGGCGCACAAGCUCUCAGCCAUUUGCUCUGGCAGUGCUUCAGCUCUGCAGCAAGCCAAAGAAGACCUCAGCAGCACCUAUCCUUGGAUCAUCACACUGCCAGAUGCACCUCACUGGCUCAAUUUUUAUGCCAAAGAUGUGGCAAAGAUCAUCCCUGGGCUGGACAAUACUAUCAACAGCCUUGCCCUCCUAAUCAGGUACCUGAACUCAAGCAACCAUGCGACUGCUCUUCUCAAUGAAGAAAGAAGGCGCCUUGGUCUUUCACAUGGCAUCAAGAGCAUUGGAGACACUCGCGUUGCAACAGUCUACUGCGCAGCAAAGUCUGUGCUUCCCUCCAGACUGCUGCUCCCUCCUUCUCCUGGAAAGGCAGCACAAAAGGUAAGCUAUCACCGCUUCUCAGCACCAGGAGCACGGAGCACAUCAGCUUCUAGCAAGGACUCAACAACUUGGUGCUGAUACUGGAACCUUUGGCAAAUGCUAUCAAGACCUUGGAAGGAUGCAAGGUCACUCUGGCUGAUGUCUGCCAUGCUUGGCUGACUAUAGCAUGGAGCUGGGAUCGCCAUCAAGCACUCCCUCAAGGGUCUGUCGUUCUCUAAGAGCAAGGUCACCAGCUCAGUUCAUUGCUCAACACCCGCUGGAAGGGCUUUCUCAAACAAUGCACAGCAAAUCAAGAGGGCCCAGCAAGUAUCUUGGUAUUAUGCUGGCUACUCCUUCCAGCCCACAGAGCAUUGA